GUGGCUGUGCUCGGGGCACUUUCGUAGCUCUCGUCACACCGAGACGCAUUCAGGCAGUUCAGCGAAAAUAGGAGACGGUCCGUAUUGCAAUGGUUACACCGUCAGUCUGUUCUUUCACAGUAGACACGCCGGAGCUGCAAUGAAGGCAGGGGCCUCGUCCAUGUGGGCUUCAUGCUGUGGUCUGCUGAAUGAAGUCAUGGGUACUGGGGCCGUCAGAGGCCAGCAGCCAGGGUUUGGGGCCGGUGCUGGACCCUUCAGAUUUGCCCCCAGUGCGGGAUAUUCCACAUACCCGCCCACCAGCUCAGGGAGUCCCGGUCUUGUAUGCAAGGCCUGUGGCCAGGCCUUCUCAGUCUUCAGGAGGAAGUAUAUUUGCUGCGACUGCAAGAAGAGCUUCUGCUCGCUGUGCUCCGUGCUUCAGGAGAAUCUGCGCGUUUGUGCCACAUGUCACUUGCUGAAAGCGACAGCCUUUCAGCGGCCUCGGCUCAUGCGUUUACGAGUGAAGGACCUGCGUCAGUACUUGCUACUCCGUAACAUCCCCACCGAUACCUGCAGGGAAAAGGAAGACCUGGUGGACUUGGUGCUCUGUCACCAAGGCAUUGAGGAAGAGGAGGACCCUGACACGGGCAGCCUCCACUCGCGUUCCCUGUAUACGCCAACCCCUUCUACCACACGAUCUGCCUCUGAGCUGUCUGCUUUCGUCGCUUCUCAGGAGGAGCCGCUCAGCAGGAGUGAUAGUUCUGAUACCAACCAGGAUAUGGGCGACGCCACAUCGGUGUCUCUCCUCAACUUGGAUCCCAGUGAACACACUCCUGAGGUGAGUCCUCAGACGCGACGUCGGGCCAGAGCGUCUCUCUCAGACAUCUCCAGCUUGAGGGACAUUGAGGGCCUGUCUGUCAGGCAGCUGAAGGAGAUCCUGGCCAGGAACUUUGUCAACUAUUCAGGGUGCUGUGAGAAGUGGGAACUUGUGGAGCGUGUCAGCAGACUGUACAGAGAGACAGAGGAAAACAGGAAAUCAUUGGAAAAUGUGAGCAGUACUGUAACCACAGUGGUGACCUUCCCCCCUCCAAUCUGCAACGGUGCCAUCGGAGACGGUGAGAAGGGUCCGCUGACGAUCCAUGACGACAACCUCUGCAGGAUCUGCAUGGACGCCAUGAUCGACUGCGUUCUCCUGGAGUGCGGUCACAUGGUCACCUGCACGAAGUGUGGCAAGAGGAUGAACGAGUGCCCGAUCUGCAGGCAGUAUGUCGUGAGGGCCGUGCACGUCUUCAAGUCCUAAUGCACCAACUGCAACGCCACAGCACCUGCUUCAGAGCAGCAGCAGCUCAGAUUGAGACUGUACCUUAAUUCAACCAUGCAGCUCAUAACUUUGGAAUCCCCAAAAGACUUAUUUUGUGGAUGUUUCAUGUUUGUAUUCACAUUAUUUGCACAUUGAAAUAUUAUGAGAAAUGUGUUUUUCUUAAGACUUUGACUCUUUGGUUUAACCAGUGGGCAGAGCAUAGGAUCGUACCCUCCUGUGAGUCAUUCCUCAAGUAAACAUAUCUCUAAUCUGUCUUCAUUCCUUAGUGUCUAUUUUGCUUUUCUUACAGUUUUUCAACACAAAGAAUGUGUGGCAUUCAGUCACGUGCAGUCUUAUUAAACACAACACAUCACCCUCAGAUCUGCCUAUAAACUGUAGCUGGCACUCGACUGCUGAGUAUUAUUUAGAGCACCUCUCUUUACAACUGCUGCAAGUGAAUACAUAUCUUAGUAACACAGAGGACGGACACAUACUGAACCUGAGCACAGGAGAGUUAGGUGCCAAAUAAUGGGUCACGCACUCAUGCUUCUCACCCAUCUUCUUUUUCCCUCGACUGUGUUGGCCAGUGUGUGGCUGGUAAUUGUUAGCACAUUUUAAUAGAAAGCACUUUGUUCACUGUGUGUGUUAAGGCACCACUGCUCACAACCAAAUUCAAACCAGUAAUAGUGACUAAGGUCUGCUACUGAUUGAAAACUUGUCCAAACCUCAGCUUGACUGAUGGGGUUUUGAAUGCCAAUAACUUUAAGGUUAGUGAGAAAAGCUAAAUAGAAAUCACUGAACUUGUUUUCUUUUGAAGUUUAACUCAGUGUUACUCAGCCCACAGAUGAGUAAGUGCUCUGCCGCUGUGAUUCAAGGACACCGAUGACUGAUAAUGGUGAUUUAUGAUGAAAGUCGAUGUGUGAUUUAUUUCACCAUAUUCACAUAUUUUGUUAUAAAAAAAAAAGAGCUUAUUGCAAUGCAUUACACGUUGAAACGACCAUACAAACUCUGUCAUUACAGCAAUAGCUGACCUCUGCUGUCACCUCUGUCUUUCGUGGAGAUGCAAGACAAAAACCGGUGCUAACUCAUCCAACCAUCUUCCCUGUUUCCAAGCUGAACUGUGGAUGUGAAACUCUGAAUGUUUUUGUUUUUGUUGUUGUCGUAUAUUGUUGGGAGUGGAAUGAAGUGUCUUAAUGCGUUUUAGUUGAUUUUCUCACAUGUAGGAGUAAUAUAUUGAACUAACUAUUCAAAGACAUAGCGAUGAGUUUACUGACACCUGUGGUAUAGAAAGUAUAUAGAAAUAAUGACUUGCUAAUGUACAUUUGCAUAUAUUGAUCCAUAUGAGAUGUAUAUAUCUAUAUUUUUUUCCAUUUGAUUUAAAUUGCGUAAUAUCAGAUUAUUGAAAUGUCCCUGGGAUUUGGGUUAGUUUAUUAUUACAGAGUUACGUUUUCCUGUCAAGUGGUUUCAAAUAUGUUUAAUCUGCAUAGUUUUGCUUGAACUAUCUGUCCCUCUUGAACCAGAGCAUGACAAGAACCUGUAUGACACUGGUUAUGUUAUAUCCUCCAUCUUCCCCAUCUCUAAAACUCAAUUUGCUGGUUUUUAUUUCACCUAAUCCUGCUCAUUUAGAAGUAUCCAGCUCUCUACUGUACCCACACAAAGUCAACAUUGCUGCUAUCACAGUAAAGACGUCCUCUACAAUCACGAAUAGUAACGGAGCAAGUUGCACUUUUCCUUUAGAGAGGGUGUAAUUGUGUGCAAGGUUUUGUCUUUGUAUUUGGGAAUGUUGAACUUUUUAUUUUGGUAAUUAAAGAUUUUAAUUAAA